AUGGACAGCUCAAUUCGAGAGCAAUCUUCAAUUUCCGAGGUGAGCAUAGCUUGUAUCAUGGAUAAUGUCGUAACUCACUCGAAAUCAAUGUUUCUGUUCAGAGUUAUGUUUUUUGAUCUUUCUUACCGUUUACUCCAUCUUUUUUAUUUUGUGUGGGCGUUUUCAGGAAGACAACAGCUUCUUGGAAGCCUUCAAGGCAAUCGCAGCCAAGAAAGCGGAAGAACAUCGAGAGAAAACUGGUCAAACAAUCACUUUCGAAGCUGAAGCUAUCAAAAGAGUGGCUCAAAGUGCAGUGUGGACGGUUGAGAACCGAUGGAAAGGGGAUUUGAAGGCAUACACCAAGUAAAUUUUACAUUUUUUAUAUUAUUCUUCUGGUUUUAGACAUGCCAAACGAGUUCGUUCGAAUGCGGACGAUGGGAGGCUGAUCUUCCGUCGAGACCCGAAAAUUGUAAGAGAUUAGGGGUUUGGCUAGCUGAUAGAGCAAAGGAUUUGGGUUUACUUGCUCGUAAACUAUUACUUUCAGGCCUCUCGAGUUGAUCAACUCUUCCAUGCUCUGGCCAGACAUGGUGUCGUGAAACCUCAAAAAGGUGUUGCACCGACAACUCCUAAGCCCCAGACGAGUAUGGCGGACAGGAUCAAAGAGUUCAAGGCCAAACAACCGCAGGCUGACACUUCUAUGAGCGAACUGCCGAAACAUUUGAGGGUCACAAUGGAGACGAUGGAUGAUUCAGAAUUUGACGAGCUCAGACGAAAUCUACUGAAGAAACUGGGUGAAGAAGAGAAAGCUAAGAACCUACCGGUAAUAAAGAAGCUAGGUACGUUGGAACCCGUCCUCAGACUUUCAGUAUAUAAUAAUUUUUUGACAUCUGAUGUCUAGUACAAUAUAAUUUUUUUGUGUAUUUUACCUAAAACAAUAUUAAUUGCAUUCUUUCAGCUAUUGGGUCGCCAGAACUUGAGAGACUCCGGAAAAUGACUGAGAUUUCAUCGGAUUUCGACGCUUCGAAAACAAGUAGGUUACCUAAAACAAUGUUGCAGUUUCCCCCAUUUGGCUUUAAAUUUAUUUUUUUUAGAUUCGUUUGAGGAACAGAUUGAGCGAGGAGUUGCGAGAAUGCGUUAUCAUGAGAAAAAGAAGCUGGAACGUGAGUUUUCUUCGACCUUGUUUGAGUUGAAUUUUAGGUGAAAAUCGGAAGAAACAGCAGCAAAAUGUUAUAAAUGUGGAAGUCGAGCCUCAACCAGGUCCUUCUGGAGUUACUCAACGGAAAAAUCCACAGAGGAAUGGUAGAAGUGAGGAGGCUCAACAUCAAGAUGUUGUUCAUGAGGAAGCUGAUAGGAUUGUUGAUGAAGCUUCGGAUCUCCCUGAUGUUCCCAUGGCAAAUGAUAAUUCUAGUCGUAUGGAAGCUAAUGUGAAUAAAACGACAAGUCGGAACGAGAAUUUGGAGACAUCAGAGGAUGUUAUUCAUGAGGAGAAACCUGAUAAAGAAGAAGUCGAAAAUGAAGUCCCAGUUGGCCAUCGAAUAUACCCAAACAUUGCUUCGUUGAUAGAGGCCUUCCAGAAUCCCAAAGGAAAGAAUAAAAAGCCAGAAACACCGAAAGAAAAGAGCAAUUUGGAGGAUCCGGAAGGUCCGGGCUAUGGAGAAUUUGGACUAGAUUCCACAAAUAAUUUGACGGAGAAUCGUCAAGUUCAGGAGGUCUCAACUCGACGAGGAUCUAGAACGACUAAUUCUACGACGUUCGACCAGUCCAAAAAGUCGGGAAACAGUUCAAACAGCCAUGCGAAAGAUAGCCGCCAAAAAUCGGUUGUUCCGGAGGAAACAAACCUUCUCACCUUCUCGGAAAUGAUGUCCAAAACAACUAUGAGGGAUUCUAGAAGCAGAACAGAUCCUAAUCUUGAUGAUCAAGACCAUAAUGAUCAAGAAGAAGAGGUGUUGCAUCAGGAAACGAGGUCCAAAGACAGCCUCGACGAUGAUCUUGGACUGGAUUUGAAUUUUGGUCAAGAAGCUGGAGGUAAUGUGGUUGAUGGUGAUGGAAAAGAUGGUAGUAAGGAAGUCGAGGACUCAUUUUACAAGGAUGAUUUUGUUUUUGAUCUAAUGGAAGGGAAUAAUCAGAAGAAAAUUGAGGAACAAGCUUUGAAGGAGAAAAAUUUGGGGAGAAUUGAUAAAACGUCCGAAAGCAAUGCGAAGACGAAUGGUCAGACAGGUGAAUUGAAUAAGUAAAGGGAGAAAAUUAUCUGAUAUUGAAUUUUGCAUAGGUUAUCGGGAAGAAAUUCUUUAAAAAUCCAGGUUUUCACCGAUUUUUCGAUAUUAUCCAUGGUGUUUAGAUGAUUUUUAAAAAUUUUUGAUGAUACCAUCCGAUGACAUGGGUGACAAGCCCCGCUGACGCGGGCCUUGACGCCGCUGUGCGCGCAAAGGUUGCCCAACGUGAAGUUGACUUGAUCGCAUGCACUACAGUUGAUCGUCCAGGCCACGCUUCGCGUGGCCAACAACGCGCUGACGCGCGUUAUACUGCCUCAAGCCCGGCACUUCUGUUAGCUAAGGGCCGCGCGCCAGCGCUACCUUUUUUUAACUUUGACCAAUCAACUGUUCUUAGGACUUUGCCUCGGCCUUCGGCCUCGGCACAGUGCGCUACAACACUACAGCAACAUUCAGAAGGUUCCGUAACCCACGGCGGCCUUCGGCCGCCGAAGCUUCCAAAAAAAAGUCGGUUUGGCUCGGCCUUCGGCCUCGCAAAAUCAUUUUUUUUUUUGUCUUACUCCAUCGUUAUUGAACUUUGCCUCGGCCUUCGGCCUCGGCACAGUGCGCUGCAGCACUCUACAACAAUAUGCAGCAGGUUUCGUGACCGACGGCGGCCUUCGGCCGCCGAAGCUUCCAAAAAAAAAGUCAGUUUGGCUCGGCCUUCGGCCUCGCCGAGUCGUAUUUUAGGAAAUGAAAGUGGUUUCUGGACCGGUUUUUCACGCUGAUCACGAUGGUCCAAGUCUCGAUUCACGAAAUUUGAAUUUAGCGGCCGUAUGGCUGAUUUUCGGCCGAAAUGUCCACUCUUGGCCGAAAUUCGGCCGGUGCUCACUGAAUUCGAAAGCGAUUGGGCUGAAAUUUGGCACGAUGGAAGCUUAUGGAAUUUGUCGAAAAUUGACCCGAGCCGAAUUUUGAAUUUUGCACUUUUGCCCUCGGGGCGCAUUUAGCUCGCUGAAAAAAUUUAAUUUUGGUCUGGACGGUCGUAUUUUAGGAAAAGUUGGAGUUGCGCACAUGAAUAUUACCCAAAACUUGAUUCUGCGUCGAUUGGUACCAAGAUCGUGUCGAUAGCUCCGCUGGCAGCCGAGUUCUGGAAGGGCGGAUCCAGAAAAUUUCGAAUUUUUGCCUUUGUCGCUAGGCGGGCGGGGUAAGAUGGUCGUAUGUUGGGAAGUGAAAGUUGUUUCUAGGGCAGUUUGAGGUGCUCAUUACGGGGCUUUUCUCGAAAAUCCGAAAAAUUUGAAGUCCGAGCCCUGAGGGCCGAUUUUCUGCAAAAAAUCCCAUCAUAAAUCAACUCAGUUUCUUCCCGCUGGAUAGCGUUAACACCAGGUACCCUCAGGGCAUAUAUGUGAAAAAUUCGAAAAUUCGCAGAUUUUUGGCCCCGGUCGAUGAUGAAAAAUGUAUAAAAGCUAAGGGCAACUCAAAAAACGUGAAAAGUUACAGCCGAUCCAAAAUCAAAAAAUCCCAUUUUCAAACGCUCGCAGUUCCCGCCAGGAUGAAAAUUCCAACUAAGUGCUGAUGCCAAAAGUCAUCGAAUCCCCGCACCAGUUGACAAAAAAAAAGUCUCGAAAAAAAGUGCACGUUGAGUAUUUUUCGGUUUAGCAAAUUAAGUAGUUUUUGAAUUUGAUAUAUAUAAAAAGAUACUUUACAAUAGACUUAUUUUAUAGUAAAUAUUGCUAUAAGAUUUUUCAAAAAUUAUGAUUUUGGGAGAAUUUUCCGAUAUUACACUUGGUUUUUAUGAUGACAUAAAAAAUUCUUUGAUUUCACCAUUUUUUAGGUAACCCAGCCCCUCCACUUGACACAUAUGUGACCCAACGGACCCUAAGGACUCGUCAGACCAAGGCAAACGUUCCUUCAGAGCGACCUGUAAAGCAAACCAAGCAAAGCAAUGGAGUAUUUUAUGUGGCAAAAUCUGGUGGUUCCGCAAAUUCUAGAGCGUCCUCGUCUUCAAGGGAGAAAGUAAAAGACAUGGGAAAUAAUAUGGAAGCAAAUAAAGGCCCAGGUUUGGCCACAAUUUCUCAGGAUUCGCUUUUUGGCGACCUCCAAGCCAUGGAUAAUGUAGUUGAAAAGGAGAGGAACACUCCAGAUUCGGUGGAAAUCAUCGAUGUGAUAAAGAAAGGAGAUCAGAAGAGUACAAAAGGAACAAAAAUGGAUAACAUUCCAGAGGUUGUCGAUAUUACACAUGAUGAGGAUCAGCCCAAAAAAGGAAAAUUCGAUUUGAGGUACUGUAAAAGGAAGUCGACCACGCCGAGAACUCCAAUUCCAGCAAAACGACCGCCUAUGAGAAUAAAGUGAGUGUGUUUUGAGAGGUAAAUUCAGAUUUUUUGUCAUGGGUAAUACAAAAAUUUGAUGCGAAAAACGAGUUAUUUGGUUUUUCUAAGUCCUUAUGGGUGGUAGAAUGAGGAUUAUGAGUUUUAUUUGAGAUUGGAAAAGUUUGGCGGUAAUAAAAAAUAUGAUUUUAGAGAUCAACGAGAGCUCCUGAAAAACCCCCUGAAACGAAAGGACACGUUGAAAAAAUGGAUCGAAAUUCGAAAAGAGCGAAGGAGACUUCGAACGGAAAGGAUGAACAAGGAAUUGGCAAAGAAAAAAGUUGCAGUUCCCGGGCAAAUGAAGGACAAUGUCGAGGAACCGGAGAAAAACCCCGAAAGCAAUGGUAAAUUCAAAUAUUUGGCCGUAAAUUGUAAAAAAAUUCGAAUUCAGACUCCUUCUACAACGACGAUAUUGUAAUCCCGGAAGUCUUGGCGAAUCGACCGGUCGAUAAUUUGAGGAAAGAAAAUUGCACAGUGCAGUCGAAAAUUAAACGCCCUGAGGCAAGAAUAGCUGGUCAAAGUGUCACAGCAGCCAGCGGAGGACCUAGCGGAUCAUUGGAAGGGCUGGAUGUCAAGGAAAAGGAUGUUGGACAUCAAGAAAAUGCACCAUCUACAUCAAGUACAAGGACAACAAGAAGUCGACCAAAUCAAAUACCAAUUGUGCUGGUAAACCGCCCCAAACGACCGCAGAUUGUCCUUCCUGCCAAAGGGAAUACGAGUAAAGAUGGGAAUGGUCAGAAAACAGCAGGACUGGAUGAGAAUAUUACACAUGAGGAGCAGAUGUCGAGAAAUCAAAAAAUGCCUCAUGGAGAAGGUAGAGCAGCUCAGAAUAGUGUGAAAUGCCCUCAAAAUGGAAAUAGUGCCACUAGGAUGACGUUGGCAUCGGAGGCGGGACAAAAAAUGGCGAGUAAUGAUCAUCAAGUACAACAUGAAGAAGAUGAAGAUAGCCUAAAUGGAGACCUCAACUUGGACAACUUUGGCGUUCCUAAUAGCCUAGAUGUCCCAUUGUUCUUGGAGGAAGGAGUGAAGGAAACGGAGAACGUGCAAAAACCACAAAAACCAAAAAUUAUUAUUCAGCCGAGGAAGAGUGUAAAUACCCGUAAGUUUAACGUAUUUUUGGAGGGAAAUUUAGUGGAGAUAGAUUGGAAUGAUAAUGGAUGCGCUGAAAUUUGUGUUAGGAUAUUUUUUAAGCCGGAAAAAUUUCGAAAACGAGGAAAUUUGAGAUUUUUAUAUUGUUUUAGGCAAUCUUUGUUGAUUUUUGGUCGAAAAUUGAUGAUUUUGGAUGGAAAAAGGUAGGGAAAGAUCCUAUAUAGGGGCUUUAUGAAGUGGAGGUAUAUGUGGACUACAGUAAUUUGGAUACUAUAACAAAAUUUUGAAAAUCUUAUUGCUUUAGGCCAAUUUUGAAAUUUUUGAUCGAAACAUUUUUUUGAGCGAAGCAAGGAAAAAUACGAAAUGAUUUUGCUCCCCUAAAUCAUUUAUCAGCAAGGUAUGUUUGAAUUUUAGCCCGUGCCGAACCAUCGGUCGAAAUAAUCGACCAUCAACGGCCCCGUCAACCAGCACAACAACAAGUCCCAAAAACGCCCCAAAUCCAGUCGGUCCGCCCAAUCCAACAACCAGGACAACCUACGGGCCAACCUACGGGCCCCAGCCGCUUCGCAGACCCACCCACACCCGCCUGGUUCAACCCCCGAGGCAUGUCCACCCCCAUCGCCCCACCCACAAAACGACCCCCGCCCCCCAAACCCGUCAUUGAAAUUAAACGGAAACGCACUUGA